AUGGAGUUCAGGUCUCUUCUUCCACUGCUCUUGUUGACUUUUAGCAUCCAUUCCGGGGAAACUGGAGAUUUACCCAGAGUUACAGUGAAAGUAACACCAGACACACCUGUGUUCACUGGAGAGACAGUCACUCUGACGUGUGAGAUAGAAGAACAAUUCAGAUCAGUAAAUUUGAGUUUUCUGUGGGCUAAUAGCAGAACUUCAGUUUUUGACUCUGAGCGUUACAGUGUAAACACAAACACUCUCACUAUCAGAGGAGUUACUCCAAAUGAUCAGGAUGAGUUCUGGUGUAGCACAGAAAUACAUGGACAAAAACCUUCGAGCACUGCUGUUUAUGUCACAGUGAAGGAUUUACCCAGAGUUACAGUGAGAGUAACACCAGACACAUCUGUGUUCACUGGAGAGACAGUCACUCUGAAGUGUGAGAUAGAAGAACAAUACAGAUCAUUAUACUGGAGAUAUCUGUGGUAUAAAGACAGAACUGAAGUUUAUAAUACUCAUCCUUACACUGUAAACACAAACACUCUCACUAUCAGUUCAGUUACUCAAUCUGAUCAGAGUCAGUACUGGUGUGUAACAGAGAUACAUGGACGACCACAAACUUCACAACAAAGCUCUGCUGUUCAUCUCACUGUGAUGGAUUUACCCAGAGCUACAGUGAGAGUAACACCAGACACAUCUGUGUUCACUGGAGAGACAGUCACUCUGAAGUGUGAGAUAGAACAAUACAGAUCAUUAGACUGGAGAUAUCUGUGGUAUAAAGACAGUACUGCAGUUUAUAAUUCUCAUCGUUACACUGUAAACACAAACACUCUCACUAUCAGUUCAGUUACUCAAUCUGAUCAGAGUCAGUUCAGGUGUGUAACAGUGAUAUAUGGACGACAACAAACUUCAUCAAGAUCAUCUGUUUAUCUCACAGUAAAGGCUUUACCCAGAGCUACAUUGACAGUAACACCAGACACAUCUGUGUUCACUGGAGAGACAGUCACUCUGAAGUGUGAGAUAGAAGAACAAUACAGAUCAUUAUACUGGAGAUAUCUGUGGUAUAAAGACAGAACUGCAGUUUAUAAUACUCAUCCUUACACUGUAAACACAAACACUCUCACUAUCAGUUCAGUUUCUCAAUCUGAUCAGAGUCAGUUCAGGUGUGUAACAGUGAUAUAUGGACGACCACAAACUUCACAAAGCAGAACUGCUGUUGAUAUCACUGUGACGGGAUCAAAACCAAAAGCUGAACUCACAUCAGAUACUGAAGGAUCUGUACUGACGGGAAACACAGUGACUCUGACGUGUCUCAUGAAUCAGUCGACUGGAUGGAAGUUUUACUGGUAUCAACACACACAGAACACUGAGAAGAACACAACAGAAGGAAUCUACUACACAAUUCACAACAUAACAGUUUCAGAUGGAGGUCAGUUCUGGUGUAGAGCUGGAAGAGGUAAUCCAGUCUAUUACACAGACUACAGUGAUGUUCUGUGGAUCAAUGUUUCAGCUUCAAGUUCUUCAUCUCAUGGUCUGAUGGUUGGAGUGGCUGUUGGAUUGAGCUUCAUGUUUUUGAUCAUUUUCUUGGUUUUCCUGUGGUGUUACAAAACCAGAAAAGGUAAAGUGUCUGAGUCUCCCUCUGGUGUCAGUCCACAGCAGAACAUCAGUCAGACAUCAGAUCAGAAACACAAUGAAGACGGAUACACUCCACUGCAGUCUGGAAAUGCUCAUAUUUAUGACUCUGUUAAUGCAGCAGAUAAUAAAGACACAAGCACAGCAGUGACUGUGAGCGGCCCCAGUGAUGAACUGUAUUCACAGGUCGACACAAAGAAUAACAAACAGAAGAGCAAAGAUAAUGUGAGUGGAGCAGCUGAUCUCACCUAUGCUGACAUUGAACUGAAACCUAAGAUAGAAGUGAAGAAAAAUAAAGAGAAGAAAGACAUUACUUCUGGAUCAAAUGAUGUGACUUAUGCUCAGAUAAAAUUGAUGAUUUUACACAUCCACUCUGAACAAGCUGCAGAAAGACCAAAACCUCAAGUGUCUGUUUGGCCUGAUGGACGAUUAUUCAGAGGAGAAACUGUCACUCUCACAUGUGUCAUCAGUGGAGGAGGAGUCACUAACUGGCUAUACAGCUGGAAUAAGACAAGACAUAGUCAGCUCUCACAAUACAAUAUCAGUAAUCUACAGUAUUACACAAUCAGUUCUGUUAGUGAGUCUGACGCAGGUCAAUACACCUGUAGAGGAACAGAGAUCAGAGGAUCACGAUCAUCAGACACCAGUGAUGCAGUUACACUGACAGUAUCAGGAUCAAAACCAAAAGCUGAACUCACAUCAGAUACUGAAGGAUCUGUACUGACGGGAAACACAGUGACUCUGACGUGUCUCAUGAAUCAGUCGACUGGAUGGAAGUUUAACUGGUAUCAACACACACAGAACACUGAGAAGACGACAACAGAUACAAACACCUACACAAUGUCCAAUGUUAGAGUUUCAGAUGGAGGUCAGUACUGGUGUAGAGCUGGAAGAGGGAAUCCAGUCUAUUACACAGACUACAGUGAUGUUCUGUGGAUCAAUGUUACAGAGAGUCCUAAAGCAGUUUUGAGCGUUGAGCCUGACAAACAGCUGUUCUCAGGAGAAACUGUCACUCUGAGAUGUGACAUACAGACUAAACAAGACACUGAGUGGACAUACAGCUGGACUGUAGAGAAAUAUAACCAACAGUAUACAGUCAACCGAUGCAAAACACAAGAGUGUAAAAUCAGAGUUUAUCACAGUGACAGCGGUCACUACACGUGUAGAGGAAAGAGUGUAAAUGGACAAAACACUGAGAAGAGUGAAGCUGUUACACUGACUGUAUCAUCAUAUAAACCCAAGACACUUUUAAGAGUUUCUCCACAGCAGUGGCUGACUGAAGGAGAUUCAGUGACUCUGAUGUGUGAGGUUAACAGAUCCUCUACAGGCUGGACAUUCAGCUGGUUCACUGAACACAAUCUCUCCUCAGGUUAUGAUCUGGUGUCAGACAGCAGUGGAGGAUCUAAAGGAAACUACACUGUGAGUUCUGCUGCUCUGAAGCACACAGGAGUUUAUAUGUGCGGAGCAGAGAGAGGAGAUCCAGUCUAUCACACACACAACAGCAGCACACAACCACUGUGGAUCACUGGUGUUUCUUCUUCAGUGUCUCUGAUCAUCAGACCCAACAGAACUCAACACUUCUCAUCUGAAUCUCUCUCUCUGAGCUGUGAGGAUCACAGGAACUCUACUGGAUGGACAGUGAGAAGAUACACAAACACACUGGAAACUUGUUCAUCAUCAUCAGUCAGAUCUACAGGAACAGAAUCUACAUGUACAAUCAGAUCUCUCAUCACAUCUGACACUGGAGUGUACUGGUGUGAGUCUGAAUCUGGACACAAACUUCAUCCUGUUAAUAUCUCAAUACACAAUGCUGAUGUGAUUCUGGACAGUCCUGUUCAUCCUGUGACUGAAGGAGAUUCUCUGACUCUUCAUUGUUUAUAUCGAGAUAAAAACCCAUCAAACCUCAGAGCUGAAUUCUAUAAAGAUGGAUCAGUGGUGCAGAAUCAGACUACAGGAGACAUGAUGAUCAUCUCUACAGUCUCAAAGUCACAUGAGGGUUUCUACUACUGUAAACACCCAGAGAGAGGAGAGUCUCCAAAGAGCUGGAUCUCAGUCACAGGUGAGCGAGAGAAGAUUUCUGUCUUCAAGAUUCCCAGUUUUCUGCUGGCCGUUUGUCCAUAUCUGAUAGUGACAGUCGUGCUGGUGUUCAAAUGCUUCAGAUUGAGAGAAGAAACAUUGGUCUGAUAUUUUAGGUUGUUAAUAUACAAGGUUCUUUUUUAAUUAAACAACAAAGUAGUC